AUGGUGGUGGUACCUUGUGUGGUGCGACAGGCGGCUCGUGUGGGAGUUCGACCGGGGCGGCGGGCCUUGGCUGCCGUGGCCGUACCACCCUGGCCGCAGCGUUAUCAGAGGCAAGAAGAUCUGCCGUUGGCUGCUCGUCUCACGAGGGCCCGGGCUGAUCCGGAUGGCCACGUUCAUGUGGGGUGGGCUGAUGGCACUGAACACAAGCUACACCGCAAGUGGCUACGUGAUGUUGACCCCGCCCUCACCAAUCCCACCUCCCUGCAGCGUGAAGCUACACCAGAGCAGCUCGCGGCGGCUCAUGUCGCCGACGCCUGGGUGGAUGACCAAGGUGCACUCCAUGUAACCUUUCAGGAGUCGGAUGGCCCAUCUCGGGUUGUUCUGGACCAAGCCUGGCUCGCCUUGCAUACCCGCGGGCAGCGCGCCACGGCCACAAACCCCGCUCCUGCCUGGCGUCCCACUCCGGCUCCGCUUUCUCUGGCUGAGAUUGAAACCCUCCUGCCCACACAUCUCCCAAGCCCCGGCGACUUUGCGCCGCGCCGCAUCCCGCGGUCGCAGUUGCUCGAGGACCCGCUGCCUGCUUUGACUGCAGUCCAAGAAGACGGCAUGGUCAUCAUUACCGACAUGCCCACCUGUGAUCUGCGGGACCCAGACACGUCCACGCAGCAGCCUCUCAUCGAGGCCACAGCUUUGGCCAUGCGCCAAUUUGGACAGCUCCAGCGCACCUUCUAUUCAGAUGGCCUCUGGGACACGGCACCCAAGGACGCCGCUGACGUCAACGACACUGCUUACACCAACCUGGGGCUGCCCCUCCACACCGAUGCCACCUACAUGCGCGAGCCCCCGGGACUGCAGCUGUUUUGCUGCACCGCCCAAAGCUCCGAUGGGGGCGCUUCACUCUUUGGCCACGUGAAUCUGGUACUCAAGGCCUUGUACGAGCAAGAACCGGAUCUCUUGACGUAUUGUUUCAACACACCCUGGGCUUUCCAGGCGCUUGAAACAAACGUCCAUUAUCAUGCCAUGGGCCCAAUCUUCGGAGCAGAAGCGCCGCAGGAUGUGGUGAUGCGCUUCAAUCCCACGGACCGGGCAGCCAUGCCACAACUCACCUUUGAUGAGCUCGAGGCCUACUAUCACUGCCUCGAACGGCUCACGGCCCUCUUGGCGAGUCCCAAGUGUUUGUAUCACAGCGAGCGCUUGGCCGUGGGCGAAAUGGCCGUGAUCAACAAUCACAAGGUUCUCCACGGGCGCGAAGCCUUUGUGGGCCAUCGAAACCUGGUGGGCUGCUACGUCACCAUGGAUGAAUUUCAGUCGCGGUUGCGCCUGGCCGGCCCCGAUCAGCACGACCCACGCCGACACGCUUGA